GCAGCAGCAGCUUCUUCCAGAAGUUUCCUCGGCCGGUUUACAGCUCGGCUGAAGCGCACGGACACUCCGGCGUGAAGACGUUAUUUCACGUUGAGUGGCUCGAUUUAACUGGCAUCGUUUAUCCUCGUUUCAGUGACGAGUUGGAAUUUGUUUACGGACUGUGACAAGUGACGGGAAGCUAACCUUGACAGUUAGCUAAAGCUAGCUUCAACGUUCGUCGGCGGCAGUGACAUCUGCGGCGGCGGAGCCCGUUAACCGGACCCACAACCGGGACAUGCCGGGUGUGUAUUCGGCACCGCACGGACACUGAGCUGACCCGUCUGUGAUGACAGUGUUUUUAUGAAGAAGAAGGACGACUGACAGGUUAUUGUAAUGGGUAAAGAUUACUACAAAGUGCUCGGAAUAGCCAGAGGUGCCUCCGAAGAUGAGAUAAAGAAGGCGUACAGAAAACAGGCCCUGCGUUACCACCCUGACAAGAACAAGUCUCCUGGAGCAGAAGAUAAAUUCAAGGAGAUCGCAGAAGCUUACGAUGUCCUCAGCGACGCCAAGAAGAAGGACAUAUAUGACCGCUUUGGAGAAGAAGGAUUAAAGGGUUCGUCUGGAGGUGGAGGUGGAGGACACAGUGGUCACAGCUACAACUACACCUUCCAUGGAGACCCCCACGCGAUGUUCGCUGAGUUCUUCGGAGGCCGCAGCCCCUUCGAUCACUUCUUCUCACAAAACGGGGAGGACGACAUGGACAUCAACGAUCCCUUCGGAGCGUUUGGCAUGGGAAGGAUGGGCGGCAUGGGCGGGUUUCACCGGCCCUUUAAAACCCACUCAGGAGGCCCUCACCGAGCGCACGAGAGGAAGAAGGACCCGCCGGUGGUGCACGAGCUGAAGGUGAGCCUGGAGGAGGUCUUCUCGGGCUGCACCAAAAAGAUGAAGAUCUCCCGCAAGAGACUGAAUCCGGACGGCUGCACCAUACGCAGCGAAGACAAGAUUUUAACCGUCGACAUUAAGCGCGGCUGGAAGGAAGGGACAAAAAUCACCUUUCCUAAGGAGGGAGACGAAACUCCCUCCAACAUUCCUGCAGAUGUGGUGUUUGUAGUUAAAGAUAAACCUCAUCCAGUGUUCAGAAGAGAGGGCUCGGAUAUCAUUUAUCCUGCAAAGAUAUCACUCAGAGAUGCGUUGUGUGGAUGCACCGUCAACGCCCCGACACUGGACGGCCGGACCAUCACUGUGACCUCCAGAGACGUUGUCAGACCUGGAAUGAAGAAGCGGAUCGUUGGAGAAGGGCUCCCUCUGUCAAAGUGCCCUGAGAAGAGGGGCGACAUGAUCUUGGACUUCUCAGUGAAAUUUCCUGAAAAACUGGGCCAAAGCACGCGAGAUGCACUCAAGCAGGUCCUCCCACCGUGACCUGAUAAAAGUUUAUCCCCCUCCCGAGUAUCUAAACAAGUUAACAUUUCCAGUUACACUGUGUCACACACUGUGUUUCAUCCUGGACGAUCGAGGCUCAGGGCAGGUUUGGUUCCAGCUGAGUUGGAUUUCUUAUCUUUCAUAUCCGUCAGUUUUACGAAGCUGACAGAUCAGCUGACUUUCUGUUUCGUUUGUACAUCCAGCUGAGGUUGAGAACCGUGUGAAGUAACAAGCUGCCACACAAUGUCAGAAUCAUGGAGGAAAAGCAAAUACAAGGUACAAUAUAUAGCGUGUAUAAAGAUAAACCUGUGAGGUUUGAGUGGAAGCAGAGUGUUGUGUAAUAUAGUUCAUGAGGAUUUGGUCUUUUUAGGAGUGCUUUAAGGGCGCACGCAGCAAGUUAAAUAACAAUACCUCAGGUGCAGUGACACACGCUCAAACGUAGCAACAACUACACAACUCAACAGGACAUGAAUUUAGUUGCCGUUACAUAAAAACGGACGCUUAAUGUGAAUCCUGAGAAGUUGAAAUCAUCUGAGUUUUAAAGGACGCACUGAUCUGAUCCACUGGUGUCAGAACCUGGACUGACUUGAUGAGGCAGAUCAGACGUGACUGAUCAGUGUUCAGGACUCUUUGUCUGUCAGUGUCAGUUCAAUGUUUCUGCGCUCGUAGGCGAAGAGAGACGGUGGACCAGCACGAGACCUGAUGUCAGAGAAAACUCACGUACGAAACAUGGCAGCGAAUCUUCUGUAUCUGUUGGCAGACAGCAGCAGGGAGACAACACCGCGGUGCCAUGAUUCACACACACGAUGGUUGUCAGUUUAAAAGAUACUUUUCAAACUGGAGAAAGUCGCAGUUUGUCAUACAGCUAAUGAAAUAUAAGAAAGACUUCUCACCCAGCAGUCGGGUACGUGACGUCUCGUUCAUCAGAGCCUAUAAGCUAACUCAUAAAACUCCCUCUGCUGUCACAUGACUGCAGCUGUCUGUCCAGACUUGUAGUGAUUUUAACCUUCGUAAUACUUUUUCUGUGCAGAGGUGAUGUAUGUUGAGCGAGACGAAGCAGUUCCCAGAGAAGUUUACAGACACUAAAUGUUAUUUUACUGUCUUUACAACAACCCGCGACUUUCUUGGCUUACGGAAUAAUCUUUUGAAUUGACAGUGAACGUGUGUGAAGUUUUUCCCUGAUGUGAGACCUCGCGGGGGACACGUGCCUCACUUUAUACCAACUAGAACAAUAUCAUUUAAAUUAUGCAUAAGCCUAAAAACAAUAAUGAUGUACAUGUGUCUCCAGUUAUAAUUAAGAAGAGACGUGAAGUUACAUUUAUAUAUAAAAACAAAAACACAUAAGAAUGAUUCCAGUGAGCUCGAGGUAGCAUUGCACAGAUGACGAGUCCCCAGCACUUCUUUCAAAAUGUUUACUUUUACCGCAUCUUGUUCAUCUGGUCGUGCACUUGUGUAAAAAAUACAUGUGUGGAGACUUUUUUGUGCCAAAUAAUUGUUCCUAUGUAGUAUUAAUGUGUGUCGAGAGCAUGUGUGUGUUAUCUUGUCUCGUGUGACUGAUGAACUACAGAGAUCUUAAGAUAUUAACUUCAUUCGUACCCACUGAGUUUUGCACAAGCUUCAGUUUAUUUGAUAUUUCAGUUCCUCCUCAUCUGAUAUUGGUCUGUUUGACUUAAAUCUUUAAGCCAGUGAGUUUAUUUCUCCUCGCUUUUCUUUUUUUACCCGACAUGAUAUAAAACCUGGUGCAUCAGUCUGGUACCAGGCUAAAUAUUUCAGAGGUGAAGAUGAAUUUAUGCCGCCAACUUUAAGGCCUACUACAUAUUAUGUGUUUAAUUAUUUUGUCUUAUUUUUUAAUGCCAUCUCUUCGAGCUCGUACCCGACAACAAUCACUGGGAGAUGUAGAGUAUCUGGAAAUAUGCUGUGUCACAGUUCAGGGGGGAAUUACUGGGCUCACAUUCAGCUCUGUGCACCUUUUUGACUGUAGUCUGUAGAAGUCAGUAAAUUAGUUAAUUUUCACAUUUUAAGUAUUUUUUAAGUAUGUUUGGCUUUGAUGUGACUUCAUGCGGCUCCUGCGUGAGUCUGAAGUUCCAAACUGACACAAACAUGUGGUUGAACAUGAUCGUAGAGAUGUGUAAUCUCUGUAAUGUUUAACUUUUUUUGUUUAAAAAAAAAAAGUUUUUUUUUCUUUUCUCACUUUUUCCUUUUUGAGGGAAAACAAAUGUAAGCCUUUUUGUUUUAGCUCCCGUUUAUGUUGUUUUGAAGUUCCUCAGGUUGGGGUUGAAGACAGUUUGAUUUUUAAAUAACAAAGAUGUUAUGAAUUGAUAACAAAGGAGGAUUUUUAAUAGCUCUUUCCUAUGCUGUGAUGAUUUGCAUUUCCACAUUAAAGAGACUGGCAAACAUAUCUAAUCAA